AUGAUAAUGCGCCUUUCCAAAGCCCUAAUAGACAUGGAGAUGGCAGAUUAUAGUGCAGCUCUAGACCCGGCAUACACCACUCUGGAGUUUGAGAACAUGCAAGUGCUGGCUAUGGGCAAUGACACAUCUCCAUCAGAAGCAGCCAACAUCAACACUUCCAACAGCAUCGGGGUGAGCGCGCUGUGUGCCAUUUGUGGGGACCGAGCCACAGGGAAGCAUUAUGGAGCUUCCAGCUGCGAUGGCUGCAAAGGCUUCUUCAGGAGGAGUGUCCGGAAGAACCACAUGUAUUCCUGCAGGUUUAAUAGGCAGUGUGUGGUAGACAAAGACAAAAGAAACGAAUGCCAAAGGUCUGCGCUAGGUUUCAGUGUGCAUUGCCAUGAACGACCUGCAGCUCAGCCAAAAUACUCUCUUGCAGCUGUACAAAAUGAACGGGACAGAAUCAGCACCCGGAGAUCAAGUUACGAAGACAGCAGCUUGCCCUCCAUCAAUGUCCUACUGCAGGCAGAAGUCCUGGCACAGCAGAUAUCAUCCCCAGUUCCUGUGAUCAACAGUGACAUCCGAGGGAAGAAGAUUGCUAACAUCUCUGAUGUGUGUGAGUCCAUGAAGCAGCAGCUGCUGGUGCUAGUGGAGUGGGCCAAAUACAUCCCUGCCUUCUGUGAGCUGCCCCUGGAUGACCAGGUAGCACUGCUGCGUGCACAUGCAGGGGAACAUCUGUUACUGGGAGCUGCCAAGAGGUCCAUGGUGUUCAAGGAUGUCUUGCUGCUAGGAAAUGAUCACAUCAUCCCCCGGAACUGCCCCGAGCUGGUGGAGGUGAGCCGCGUGGCUCAUCGCAUCCUGGACGAGCUGGUCCUCCCCUUCCAGGAGCUGCAGAUAGAUGAUAAUGAAUAUGCCUGCUUGAAAGCCAUCAUCUUCUUCGACCCAGAUGCCAAAGGACUGAGCGACCCCUCCAAGAUCAAGAGGAUGCGGUACCAGGUGCAGGUCAGCCUGGAGGACUACAUCAACGACCGGCAGUACGACUCACGGGGCCGCUUCGGGGAGCUGCUGCUGCUGCUGCCUGUGCUGCAGAGCAUCACCUGGCAGAUGAUAGAGCAGAUCCAGUUUGUCAAGCUCUUUGGCAUGGUUAAGAUUGACAACCUGCUGCAGGAGAUGCUGCUGGGAGGCUCGUCAAGUGAAACACCACAUGCUCACCACCCCCUGCACCCUCAUCUGAUCCAGGAGAACAUGGGAACAAACGUCAUUGUGGCCAACACAAUGCCUCCUCAGAUGCACAACGGGCAGAUGUCUACUCCAGAAACUCCACAGCCAUCUCCACCUGCAGGGUCAGGACCAGAGCAGUACAAGUUGUUGCCUGGAGCCAUUGCAACUGUGACAAAACAGCCAACCUCCAUCCCACAACCUGCCAUCACGAAACAGGAGGUCAUCUAG